UCGCUAGGCUGGGUGUGGUUUUCAAAACUCAGUUCCGUUAGCAGGAAAUCGACUCUAGGACCACCACCAACACGAACACCACAAAUUUAAGCGACAAACGCAGUUAAAAGUAAAACUUUGCGUUCCGGAUCUGGGAGAGAUUAGAGGAGAAGCUUUUCCAGGCGGGCGGUUACGGUAGUUCGCUUUUGCGCGUGGAGUUCAGCCGAUGGGAAAAAGUUUGUCUGUUUGUCACUGUAUCAGCUCAGUUUGUGACAUCCGUGAGAGAAGAGAUCAGUUACUGUCAAAAUGCCGAAAACGAUCAGUGUUCGUGUGACUACGAUGGAUGCAGAGUUGGAGUUUGCCAUCCAACCUAGCACUACAGGGAAACAGUUAUUUGACCAGGUUGUAAAAACCAUCGGUUUAAGGGAGGUGUGGUUUUUUGGACUGCAAUACCAGGACACCAAAGGCUUUUCCACCUGGCUUAAACUCAACAAGAAGGUUACAGCUCAGGACAUCCGCAAAGAGAGUCCUUUGCUGUUUAAAUUCCGGGCAAAGUUUUAUCCCGAAGACGUUUCCGAGGAGCUGAUUCAAGAGGCGACUCAAAGACUGUUUUUCCUUCAGGUGAAAGAGGGGAUCCUGAAUGAUGAUAUCUAUUGUCCCCCCGAGACCGCUGUGUUGCUGGCGUCGUACGCAGUGCAGGCCAAAUACACAGACUACAACAAAGAUGCUCACACACCUGGAUACCUGUCCAGUGAGAAACUGCUCCCACAGAGAGUUCUGGAGCAACACAAGCUGAAUAAGGAGCAAUGGGAGGAAAGAAUUCAGGUCUGGCACGAGGAGCACAAGGGCAUGUUGAGAGAGGACUCUAUGAUGGAGUAUCUGAAGAUAGCUCAGGAUCUGGAGAUGUACGGUGUGAAUUAUUUCAGUAUUAAGAAUAAAAAGGGAUCAGAGCUCUGGUUGGGAGUGGACGCCCUCGGACUCAACAUCUAUGAGCAGAAUGACAAAAUGACACCUAAAAUUGGUUUCCCCUGGAGUGAGAUCAGAAACAUUUCUUUCAAUGAUAAGAAAUUUGUCAUCAAACCCAUUGAUAAAAAAGCCCCGGACUUUGUGUUCUAUGCCCAGCGUUUACGCAUUAAUAAGAGGAUUCUGGCAUUGUGCAUGGGGAACCAUGAGCUUUAUAUGAGGCGCCGUAAACCUGACACCAUUGAGGUCCAGCAGAUGAAGGCACAGGCCAAGGAGGAGAAGAACAAUAAAAAGAUGGAAAGGGCCAUGCUGGAGGAUGAACGUAAGAAGAGAGAGCAGGCGGAAAAGGAGAAAGAGAAGAUUGAAAAAGAAAAGGAGGAGCUGAUGGGUAGACUCAGACAGAUUGAAGAACAGACGAGAAAAGCUCAGCAGGAACUGGAGGAGCAGACCCGCAGGGCAUUGGAGUUGGAUGAGGAGCGUAAACGCACUCAGGGGGAGGCGGAGCGUUUGGACCGAGAGCGUCGCCUAGCAGAGGAGGCCAAAGCAGCUCUGCUGCAGCAGUCUGAGAGCCAGCUGAAGAACCAGGAGCAUCUGGCAACUGAACUGGCUGAGUUAACGUCCAAGAUUUCUCUGCUUGAAGAUGCCAAAAAGAAGAAAGAGGAGGAAGCAAUGGAAUGGCAGCAGAAGGCCACCAUGGUGCAAGAGGACCUGGAGAAGACUAAAGAGGAGCUGAAGAAUAAAGUGAUGUCGGCCCAUGUUGCAGAGCCCGUUCACGGUGAAAACGAUAAUGAUGAGGGUGAUGAGAGCAGCGCCGAGGCCAGUGCUGAACUCACCUCUGAAGCGGCUUAUCAAGACAGGAGCGAGGAGGAACGCAUGACAGAAGCAGAGAAGAACGAACGAGUGCAGAAACACCUGCUGGCUCUUACUUCUGAGCUUGCUAAUGCUCGUGAUGAGACUAAGAAGACCCAGAAUGACAUCCUCCACGCAGAGAAUGUACGAGCAGGGCGUGACAAAUACAAGACGCUUCGUCAGAUCCGCUCUGGAAACACCAAACAGCGAAUCGAUGAGUUUGAGUGCAUGUAAUGUACCACAAUAGGCCAACAGGGGAAGCUACAGCAUGUCUUUCAUGUCAUACCUGCAGAGGAACUAAAGUACCCACAACGCACCACUCCAACAGCCUGACCAGGCAGAAAAAUAAAGCCAAAUAUAGAAUAAUGCUGCACAGUCCCUUUAAUUCAGGAGUAGUGUUUGGGUUACUGCAUUAUAAUAAAGGGAGAUUUAUUUUUUGCUUUGUGUUUUGACUGGGAUGUAGCUUCUUUAUUUGAAAACAUAUUAAAGGUUUGCUGAUGAGCUGAACUUAGGGGGAGCAGAACUGGGAUCAAUUUUAGUUUGAAUUAAAGCAUCAAAGCAUUCAAGUGUUUAGUGAUAAAUUACAUUUCAAAAACACUCCAGAGAGAUAUGGCAUAAACCGAGUGGACCAGUCGUAAGCCAAUGUGCCAAGACCGCAAAUCAAAUAAGUAUAGUUGUCAAAUCAUAACUGCACAGUGCCAUUGUGAUAAUAACUUGGCUAUGAGAAUUAGCUUUAACAUUCUGAGCCUUUUCUAAUAAGAAAACUACUACAUAUUUUAAAGCACACGCUUCAGCAUAUGGCUACCUGCCCCAUCAACCACUCUGCCAAACAAACGUGUGAGUGUGAGAUCCUGGUUGUCAAUUUCUUUAAUACUGUAGUUGCUCUCAGCUGCGGGUUUGUGGCUGCUCCCUGUUUGUGCCUUUCCACUGGAGGAAAGAAAGAAAAUAUCAAACUGUAUUUUUAGUUUACUUUUAAAUCCUAUUCAUAUUUGAAGCUUUUUCAAAAGAAGAGACCGUUUUGAUGUUUUUGAGGCAUUUGAAUCCUUUUUGCAGUAUUAUUUUGAAGAAUCCUUUAAUAGAAUGAUAGUUAAAAACAUCUUCUGGGAUUACAUUUCUCCCUUUAUUUUUUAACAGUAUUUACUCCGAUAGUGUACGCAAUUUUAAAAAGCCCUGCACUUGUAGGUAUUGCCUUGGUUGUUUUUGUAAUCUAAAUUAAUGUAGCAAUAUGCUGCAAUGAAGCAAUAUGACAUGACCCCAGCUGCUUUUGAAAAAUUUAUUUUUUAUUUGAAUUAUCAGAACUGUUUUGAUAUACAAGAACAUGGUCUCUUUUAAGCUUGUUCUUGUCAUAUAUAGCUUUCUUGUUACUUGAGCGACAUGACAUUAUUCCGAAUUCCAUGUUUACCGCUCUUAGGCCGCAGGUGGCUUUUUCCUCAGCUAAUCACAGAAAAGAUUGCUGCUUAUGUUUUCAUUGCAACUGUCAAUAAAAUAUUAAAAACAUGACCAA